AUGCCCAGAGGCAACGGCACCACCACCCAUAGUGUUCGGGAAAAGGAUAAACUUUUGACGCCCGUCAUUUGGUGCAUUCUCGUAACGGAAACGGGCGAGCGCUUCGCGUACUUUGGCUUUCGGGCAAUUCUGGUGCUGUAUUUCGUCUCUCUGGAAUAUUCCGAAUCUCAAGCGAUUGCCUUUUUCGCGUAUACUACCUGUUUGGCUUAUUUGUCACCAAUUGCUGGCGCGCUAUUGGCCGACGGACACUUGGGACGUUACCAAACAAUCCUGUGGUUCGGCCUCGUUUACGUGAUUGGCUUGUCCAUUCUGACCUUCGCAGCAGCGGCAUCCGAAGAUGUAGAUCUCGCGUAUCGCCGAACGUUAACCUUCGUGGGUCUCUUUCUGGUGUGCCUAGGAACAGGAGGCAUCAAACCGUGUGUGUCGGCUUUUGGUGCCGAUCAAAUUUCCAUGCGGCCGGAGAAUCACGACGGUGAUGACACAUUGGAGCGUUCUGUUAAUAACGCCGGACCUGUCGCAAUGACAAGUACCAAGUUGUAUCGGGAUAAUCACAAAGCGAUCACGUUGGCCGAUACCGGACAAGGACCCAGUGAAAGGGAUGGUCUGUUUCGAGAACCACCAGUCGAUCCUCGCGAAACUGUCGUGGCACCCGACGGGGUCACAUCUUCGAAGAAGAACGAGCAAGUACGAGCAUUUUUUGCUUAUUUUUAUUUUUGCAUCAACGUGGGGGCCGUCACAUCGAUUGCACUCGUACCUAUACUGCGAGGACGGUACGGCUUUAGUGCCGCCUUUCUGCUGCCCACAUGUUUUAUGAUUACGGCUAUUCUACUCUUUCUGUCCAAACGAAACGAGUACAUUCAUCACCAGCCCGGUAAGGACGGAUCUUCACUCAGCACAACUUUUCGUUUGUGCUGGUGGCUUAUACGGGAAAAUCUAUGGUCGAUUCCGUGGGUGCAACGCGCACUUCCUUGGGCCAAACCCGAACCACUGCAAAAUCAUGCUCCCGGACAACACACGCUGGUGCCAAACGAGGAAGACGACUACAACACUGACAUGGACGCAGGUCUUAACGAUAACACCAGUUCCGUUGAUGACGACACAGUAGUUGAGAACGACACAAGGGCUUCACCCGACGCCGUCUUUCAUCAACAACUCGAUGACGCGGCACAAGCCGUCAACGUUCUGCCCAUAAUGGCCAUGUUCCCCAUUUUUUGGUGUCUGUACGACCAGCAAGGGUCGGUAUGGACGCUUCAGGCUACACGCAUGGCCUUGCCUGAUGGAAUGUUACCCGAACAACUACAAGUCGUGAAUCCGCUGCAAAUUAUGCUCUUUAUCCCGCUUUUCGAUAGAUACAUUUAUCCCGUGAUGCAAGCGAAAGGAUGGAAUAUUGCUCCUCUGCGACGCAUGUCGUGGGGCAUGAUGCUGACAGCCAUUUCAUUCUUUCUAAGCGGCCUCGUGGAAUGGUGUAUACAAAGCCACGAACGAAACAGCGAGGCGAUGAUAAGCGUCUUCUGGCAACUUCCCCAAAUCACUGUUUUAGCGAUUGGCGAAAUAUUUAUCUCUGUCACCGGUCUCGAGUUUGCCUACUCCACUUCCCCGGAAAGACUGAAAGCCUUUCUCAUGGCUUUGUUUCUAUUGACGACGGCCUUUGGAGAUUUACUGAGUGGAAUCUUGUAUUCCACCGUGUUUGCGAAUAUGAAUCGAGCGAAAAUCAUGCAUACCUGUGCCUUGCUUAUGCUGUGUAACUUGGGAUUAUUUGCGCUCGUGGUUCGGUGGUGGGAACGUCGCGAAGUGCACGAUUUAAGGCGUUUACAGUCCCUCCAGGGGCUGGAACUACGAGAAGAGCGAAGAAUGAUUUGA